ACCCAGUGAUAGGUAUGAGCUGGAAAUCCCGCCUCUCUGCUUCAAUGGUACUUCACGUUCCUCAAGCCUCCUCGAGGACAGCUCCAGUCACUAAGAUGCACCCACUAUACAGGUGGGGCAGCUAGGGAGCCUGUCUGGUUCAGCCUACCACCUCUGAAGUCACUACGGUUUAGGAUGGAAGCAACUCCCUUCUGCAGAUCCAGACGUUUAAACCAUUCCAUGGUUCUCCUGGCUCAACCCAGAGACAGCUGGAGCAAGAGGCCUCUUUGGAUUUGAGGGCUUGCCAGAGGAAUUUUCCACACAUCGCUACCAGCAGCCUGUCUCAGAAGUUAAGGGGAGCCUUUGUGGAUCCACUUCACCUCAGACCAUGGCAAACCGGGACCUGCCCCUGUACUUGGCCACUCUCUUGACUGGGCUGCUGGAAUGCAUCGGUUUCGCUGGUGUCCUCUUUGGCUGGACUUCACUGGUGUUUGUGUUCAAACAAGAAGGGUAUUUUGCAGAGCCCUGUGAACAGGACUGCACGCUCAGGAGCAAUGCAACGGGGCCCCCUGGCUCCAAAGCUCAGGAUGAGAAGUUCUCACUCAUCUUCACCCUGGCAUCCUUCAUGAACAACUUCAUGACCUUCCCCACUGGUUACAUCUUUGACCGCUUCAAGACAACUGUGGCCCGCCUGAUAGCCAUAUUUUUCUACACUUGUGCCACACUCAUCAUUGCCUUCACCUCUGCGGACACUGCCUUGCUGCUCUUCCUGGCCAUGCCCAUGCUUGCGGUGGGAGGGAUCCUGUUUCUCAUCACCAACCUACAGAUCGGGAAUCUCUUUGGAAAACACCGCUCAACCAUCAUCACCCUGUACAACGGAGCGUUUGACUCCUCCUCCGUAGUCUUCCUCAUCAUUAAGCUCCUUCAUGAACGCGACAUCAGCCUCAGGGCUUCCUUCCUCUUCCUGUCUGUCUGCAGUGUCUGGCAUGUUGGACGCACUUUUCUCCUGAUGCCUCGGGAACAUAUCCCCUACCCACUGCCUCCCAACUACAGUUAUGGCCUGUGCUCUAGGUUUGGCACCAGAAAGGAAGAGAAGGAAACGGCUGAGCAUGAAACCAAGGAGCUGCAGUCAAAGGAGCUUUCAUCAAAGGAAGAGAGCUCUGGACCAGGGCAGCAGCAGCAGCAGGAGCAACGGUCUUUUCGAAGCUGUGCACUGUCACGCCGGUUCAUCUUGCAUGUGAUGUGGCUGUCCACCAUACAGUUAUGGCAUUACCUCUUCAUUGGCACUCUCAACUCUCUGUUAACCAGCUUGGCUGGUACUGACAGUGUGCAAGUCAGCACGUUCACAAAUGCCUUCGCCAUCACCCAGUUUUUCGGGGUGCUGUGUGCCCCCUGGAAUGGCAUGCUCAUGGACCGUCUUAAACAGAAGUAUCAGAAGGAAGCCAAGAAGACAGGCUCCUCCCCCUCGGCAGCUGCUCUCUGCUCCACGGUGCCUUCACUGGCCUUGACGUCUCUGCUGUGCCUGGGCUUUAUCCUGUGUGCUUCCAUUCCUGUCAUCCAGCUGCAGUACGCCACCUUCAUUCUGCAAGUCAUCAGCCGCUCCUUCCUCUAUGGGUGCAACGCUGCCUUCCUCACGCUGGCUUUCCCUUCAGAGCACUUUGGAAAGCUGUUUGGACUGGUGAUGGCUCUGUCCGCUAUUGUGUCUUUGCUGCAGUUUCCCCUCUUCAAACUCUCCCCCCAGAACAUCGCCGUUUAUGUAUCAAUGGGGCUUGCCAUUUUUCUGACGUUGGCCCAUCCCUUCCUGGUGUACCGUGAGUGUCGUGCUGAGAAAACAAAACCUUCUGUGACUCCCUAGCUGAGAGGCCCUCACGCUGCAGCCUUGAUGGUGUUUUUCUUGAGCCUUCCACACCCUUGAAGAUCCAAUGUCCACAAAGACUUUGCCUACCCCGGAGAACUGUAUUAAGAGCCAUAGUUUGUUUGUUUGUUUUUUUAAACAAACAAACCAGGCAUUUAAGUGCUAUUCAGUACUUUUGAUCACCAAGAAGAAAAUUUCAGUGGCCAAGUGGCUUGCAUUCACACCGACCUAAAGCAAAACCUCAUGCGAAUUCUCUUUGGUUUGGGAGUAGGAAGUUACUCCUUGCGUAGGGCCUCAGUGGAGGUUGGGGAGAUGUCACAGAAACCCAUAUGCAGAACACCUGCUACCCUCUGGAUUUCCAGGAUAAAUGUGAGGUCAUUAUGGCCUCUGUAGUUCACCUGACAUUUAGGUACCACACAGAGAGCAACUCUGGCUCCCUCAGACACACAUUUUUUAAGAGAACAGUCCAUGAGCUUUGGGGAAAGAGGAGCACACAGAGGUCCCUCUUCCACCGCUAUGGAUGACUUUGGGCUGGCCCCUGCAGGUCAGAGCAUCUCUCUCUCUCUUUUUUCUAUGUGUAAAGGCUAGAGCUCAGAGUCAAAGACCAUUUUUGGAACUGAUAUCCUGGAAGGUUUUCUAAAUCAGUGACAGGGAGUCACUUAGCUCUGAAGAGCACUGGCUGCUUCUCCAGAGGACCUGGGUUUGAUUGCCAGCACUCAUGGUGGCUCACAAACUAUAACUCCAGUCUCUUCAUGGGCAUUGCACACUCAUGCACAGACACGCAUGGUUUGCAUACAAAACACCCGUGCACAUUAAAUAAAUAAAUUUUCUAGGGGACAGUUUUAUACAAUAAUAAACUCUAUAUUUAAGGCAA